AUGCAGCACGCCUCGAACUCGCCGUGGCGGACGCCUGCGAUGCAAUAUCCCAAACCCCAAUACAGUCUCCAGCACACCAUAUCCAUGGUCAACCUCCGAGACGAUGAUCAAUCGUGGUACAACAACCGCGAGACCGCAUCUCCAACUGUCUCGUCCGCCUCGUCCGCCACCAGCCGAAGUACAACGCCCACAACAACGAACAACAACCCGUGGUCGAACGUAAUGGUCAGCCCAGCUUCGACAUAUUCCAACAAGUCGUCCGACUCAUCGUCGCCCAAAGGCAGCCCAAAACAUACCCCGCAAUACACCAGCCGAUCGACAACGCCCCAGCCCAUCGCCCCCCAGCCAAUAAGGGUCAUUAAUCCGGUAGCAGGAUUUGCGCCCAUGUCACCGCCUCCUUCAGCAUCCGGUGAGUCGUUCAGAAAUGGCGAUUACCCGGGUUCACCCAUGAACCCAUACCGACAACCUGCUGCUCCCCUUGUUCCGUUGGUAAAUGGAUACAUCAACACAUCAAUCUUGUCUUCACAGGGCCAGUCUCUUUCCGGGUGGUUCUACGAGCUCGUGCGAAAGCAGGGAUGGGAUGCUGGUCUAGUCAAGAAGAUAUGGCAGUGGACGUUGUCGAACCCUAGGCUGGCAAUCCUCUUGUUCGUCUGCGACGAUGUUUCCUCGUGGCGUCAGGCAUCUUUCUUCGACCUUCGAGACGAAAGCUUGCCAUUCCCGGAGGACCGUCUUCAAGGCAUCGUGGGAAAUGCGCGAAAGGUUGUCGACGAACAAUGGCGUGCCACAUCCAAGGAACUACCAUUGACGGGAGCACAUGUCGACUACACCGCACGUGAGACCGUGCCACUACAGCACGUCAGUCUCAUUCGAUCGUCGCGCAAUUCCGAGAAGAGUGUCGACUGGGUUAAGAUGCAAGGUAGCAGCGAGGAUCGUGUGUUCGUGCGAAAGCGCUUUGUCACUGCUCGCUCCGCUCAAAAAGCUGCGCUGUUGGACCAGAUCAACAAGUUCAAGCAGUAUGAGCACAAGAACAUUGCGAAGUUACUUUGCUCGUAUGCCCAGCCGAGUCAUGUUGGUAUUCUUACAGAGAAAGCACAAUACACUCUGGACGACUUUCUCGCGCUACCUGGAAGCGACCCAAACCGCUCGAAGUUGCUAGUGGAUUGGAUGGGCGACUUGUCGUCCGCUCUUGAGUAUCUCCAUUCGCAGUCUAUCUGCCAUCGAAGCAUCCGACCUCGCAAGAUCUUGAUUGAUGGGGCUCGCAUUUUACUUGCUCCAUUCGACAUCGGGCAGAGCAUCGACACGUUCAGUCCGACGAUGGCGAACUCCCAACGCCUGGACCAACUACACACAUACUUCCAAGAUCAAUCCUACGUCUACGCUGCACCUGAGGCUAUUGUAUCACGCGGUAAGAGGAUGGCAGACGUUUUCUCGCUGGGUUGUGUGUUCUUGUCGAUGAUGACAGUCGCACAAGGCCAGUCGCUAUCGGUGUUUGCACAAUACCGGGCUGCGAACACCCAGGACGCCUCAUACCAUGCACAUCUGGACCGGGUGGCAAGUUGGCGAAAUCGCCUCCACGCUGCCACGACCUCGAACCUCCGAAAUGGACUCAUCGGGUCUGGAAGGAAGCUGAGGCAGCUAAAAGCGGAAGCCGACUGGUUAACCAUUAUUGAGAAGAUGCUCCUACCGGGACCGAAAGAGAGGAUCAAGAUGCGCUUUGUGCUGGCCAGCCUAAACAGCGGCAAAGCUACGGGAGGAAGACGACGUAGCUUAGACGGCGGCGGUUACAGUGGACAGGCAGCAGCAUCGCUCGGCGUCAACGGUGCAACAACCGCAACGCUGGUCGACAUCUCGGAGCACCACGCGCCACGCAAGCCGGAGCUAAGCGUCUUCGAUGGCUAUUUCCAGACGCAGACCCGCAGGUUAGAACCAGCGGGUGGUUGGUAA